CUGGAGGGCAGUUCGCGAUAGUAAAAAAAUUUUUUUUUUUUUUUUUUAAUAAUUUCGCGGUACGAUGAAACUCGCAAGUUUUUCACCGUUCAUUGGGCACGAUAUUAUUUUUUAAUAAUAUUAUAUGCAUACUAGCUCUGUUUCGCACUCACGUCGUCGACUUGCCGGGCAGCGGGGUCGACUACUGUGGAUGGAUGAGAGCGUGUCGUUAAAAUAUUAUACAACACCGACUGCGUUAAAUAUAUUUUAAUACAUAACCACACACGCAUACACGCACUCGAAUGGAGUUUCCGAGCAGGGACGCCAACCAGAGCGGCGGCGCGUUGUGGGAUUACGGCGGGUUGGACAAUUGGCCGUGGCAAAAGUACCGGAUGAGGUACUCGCCUGAGGUGACUGUGCUGUUUUGCAUCGCAUACACGGCCGUGUUCGUUGUAGGCUUCGUGGGAAACAUGUCCGUGGUGCUUGUGGUGUACAAGAACGUGAGGAUGCAGUCGUCGCCCACUAACAUAUUCAUCGUCAACUUGGCAAUUGCCGAUCUGCUGGUCAUCGUCGUCUGCGUACCAUUUACCCUCAUCGGCAGCAUAACCACCGAAUGGCGUUUAGGAUUGGUCAUAUGUAAACUUGUGCCGUACUUUCAAGGGGUGUCCGUGAAUGCAUCGAUAAACACGUUGAUGGCCAUCUCCGUGGAAAGAUGUUUGUCCAUUUGUUACCCCAUGAACCCUGUGGGCAAAGGCGUCUGUAAACGGGUUGUGGCCAUAAUAUGGAUCAUUUCGCUCACUAUCACUAUGCCGUGGGCUAUUUAUUUCGACCUGCAGCCAAUGGAGGAAGGCAGCGAUAAUCAGAUAUGCCUGGAAUCGUGGCCGACCGUGGAGAGCGGCAACCUGUACUUCGUGCUGGCCAACCUGGUGCUGUGCUACAUGCUGCCGCUGACGGUGAUCGCGGUGUGCUACAUGUUCAUCUGGCAGAAGGUGAGCCGGCGGAAGGUGCCGGGCGAGCCGAUGCACAACGGCGCCAACAUGGUGCAGCGGUCCAAGAUGAAGGUGAUCACCAUGAUCAUGUACGUGGUGGUGCUGUUCGCGGUGUCGUGGCUGCCGCUGUACGUGGCGUUCACGCUGAUCAAGUUCUGGACGCUGCCGCCGGCCGUCGAGAGCUACACGGUGGCCUCGCUUCCGGUCGCCCAGUGGCUGGGCGCCGCCAACUCGUCCAUCAACCCGCUGCUGUACGCCAUAUUCAACCACAGGUUCCGGGACGGUUACCGGGCCCUGUUGUCCGGCAAGAUAUGCCAAGCGUUCGACUACAGCAACUCGGUGAGGUACCUGCGCGGCGGCGGCCGGGCCGGUACCGCGGCCGCGUUCAAGCGUAACAACAACAACGACUACGACGGCGGCGGUGGCCGCGACCGCAACCGCAAGACCAUCGGCGCCAUUUAUGUGCACGCCGCGCUACACGACGACCGGCGGACUCGGCAGCGGCCACAGCAGCGGCCACAGCAGCAACAGCGACAGGUCCAACAACUGCAACCGCCGCCGACCCACCGGCCGGCCAGGUCUUCGUCGGUCAGGGAAACGCACGUCGCCGCCGAAGGGCCCGCCGGCGGUGGUCCGGUGGUGCAGUUCUGCCCGACGAACGGCGAAAACUCGUUCGUCUGACCCGUUCGCCGCCCACACGCCGCAGCCGUCGGACCGUGCGCAAGACUCGUAGACUGUACCUAUAAUAACUACAGCUGUGAAAUCGUAUUGACUUGUUCACGCGGUGUCUUAGACGCAGGGCAAAGGGCUCGAGUGAAUUGUUAUUUAUUAUAUAUUUAAUCGUACAGACGGCGACAAAACCGUUGUUCAGACUUGCGCACGAGACAAAAAAAAAAUAAAUAAAUAAAUAAAACGCUACACGCUGUGUCUGAAAAUCAAUCCGUACAUAAAUUCACCGGAAGUAUCGCGAUAAUAAUAGUAGUAAUAAUUUAACAACGAAACGCGUCAGACGCAAACGAUAUACGCGUUUAAUAUGUAUUAUACUGGUGACUUGUGGGGUUAGGUGAAACGGACGGACAGGACGACCGGAGGAGAUUAUAGGGACGUUGAAGUUUUUGAGGUGGACACACAAGUUCACCGGAGCGCCAAUCCUGCUGUUCAUCGGACAAACCUCGGCAUUAACGACGUCGCAAAUGUUGAUAUUAUUUCAAUUCUAACAAUAUGGCUUAUUUUAUCGGUUUUCAUCCCCUCUAAAACAACUUAAUUGAUUUUUUUUUAUGUAGGUACAGUUAUUGUAACGCUUUAGUAAAGGUAUUGCUGUAAAAAAGUUUUCAACGAAAUUAUAUAAUUUUUGAGUUUUGAUAUUUUAUGUUCAUCCGUGAAAUCGCGUAGAAAUUAGAUUCACAGAAAUUAUUCUUUCUUUCUAAACUUAACCCGUUGAAAGUUAUUCAGAAAAUUGCUAGCCCAUCCUUGGUUUUGUCAACACUACGGUUAAAAGUGUAUACUUAUAAUAUUACAUAAUACGUAUUUCUAGUGCUCUCAACAAAAUGCAAUGAUACUAUGAAAGCACCGCUUAAGAAAUAUAUGUAUCGAUAAUGUUAUUCCCACAAAGGUACCCAUAUUUAUGUAUAUUAAUUUUUUGUAAUAUUUAUUGAAAGAGACGAAAAAUGAUUAUUAUAAUUUU